GCGGCGUUUAACAACAAACAAACUACUGUAAAACAAUAUUAAUGAUCGUUAUUUGGCAUUACAAAAAACACGGUGUCUGGCGACUGAUACCUUACGCCAGGUUCUCUCGUGGUCCCUCCCCUGUGAUGAAGGCUUAAUGUCAAAGGGUCGUAAACUGUAAAUUUUAAUAAAUUAAACAGCCGUUUAUCAUAGAAUGUAAAAAUAUCUUCUCAAUUUGGAGCAUAAUUGUUGCAAUUUGUGAGUCAGAGAUGUCACAUUACCGGAGUCAUUACUGUCAAAUAUACUGUUCUGUAAUAUUCCAUUCAUCUUCAAACUUCCAAAUGCUUCACGUGGAAUAAACCCCGUGGACACACAUGUAUAUAAUAUACAUCUACAUGGUGGUACACUGACGACUGACACAUAAGAUCAAACUCGGCUUACACGAAGCGACAUUGGAAUAAUCCCAGGCGGUACUACAGGCAUAGAGUGCCAUGAUUCAAGUGGCGGCGAGUUGAAGAUGGAACCAUAUGUUCACCCCGGCUGUACACGAAGUGACACAGGUAUUAUACAAGCACUUAGAUCCACAAUACAAGCGGUUGUGUAAGGAAGGUGACACAGGUAUUAUACCAGCACUUGGAUCCACAAUACAAGCGGUUGUGUAAGGAAGGUGACACAGGUAUUAUACCAGCACUUGGAUCCACAAUACAAGCGUUUGUGUAAGGAAGGUGACACAGGUAUUAUACCAGCACUUGGAUCCACAAUACAAGCGUUUGUGUAAGGAAGGUGACACAGGUAUUAUACCAGCACUUGGAUCCACAAUACAAGCGUUUGUGUAAGGAAGGUGACACAGGUAUUAUACCAGCACUUGGAUCCACAAUACAAGCGGUUGUGUAAGGAAGGUGACACAGGUAUUAUACCAGCACUUGGAUCCACAAUACAAGCGGUUGUGUAAGGAAGGUGACACAGGUAUUAUACCAGCACUUAGAUCCACACUACAAGCGGUUGUGUAAGGAACAUAGAACCCAUCUGAUGACACAUUUCAAGCUUCAUUCAAGGAAUCUUUAUGAAAUUGAAAAUGCAUGUGACGCCUACUUGACCAGGUUCACGUUUUAACAAGUUCAACAUAGCACCAUGUUCACCGACAUGAGGGAGUCUAUAGAGACAUAAAUGCCAUGUCCAUGAUUACCGUGACAGGUGGAAACAUGUCGGAUACAAACCGGUCGGUAACACUUGGAGAACUAAAUGCCGAGAGGCGGUUACUCCUUCUACCUGUAAUUGCAGUAUUUUGUGUUGUCAUGGCAAUAGGAAUUAUCGGCAACCUAUUGGCCAUUAACGUUUAUGGAAGAAGGUACCAGAUGAAAGCCGCCAUCUUGUUUAUGAUUAUUUUGGCGGCCACAGAUCUGUUGAGCUGUUCAAUAUGUCUACCGUUUGAGAUUUACGACACUGCAAAUCCAUUUCUGAACCAUUUUCCGAUCCUUUGUAAACUUUUCCGAUUCAUUGAAGCAUUUUCGAACACCUAUUCUGGAUUAAUACUUGUAUGUAUUGCUUUUGAUCGCUUUCACAAUACCCGCUAUCCUCUCAAGAUGUCUUCCCUGGAACACUCAAAGUCUCUGGCGGCUGUAAUGUGCGCGUUGGCAGUGGCUAUCGCUUGGCCAAUGCUGCUUCUUAGUGGAAACAAAACUAUCCGUACUCGUAUCGAUGGGGUGACCGGAAUUGACUGUUCAACGUCAGAUAUGAUGUAUCAUUCAGUUUAUUCACUAUUGUUUCAAGGAUGUUUAAGCUUGUUGUUUAGCAUUUGUUUCAUUGUAUUUGUUGUGUUCUAUGGCCUCAUUGCUUUAACAGUUUGUAACCGUAGCUGUAGAACUAUUGGUGCUGGCGUUUCUUACAAACAGCCAACUAUGCCUGUUAGUCCAAUGAGGAGAAAGAGGUUUGAGCAGAUGCUGAUAGCAAGAGCAUUGAGUAGUAUGAAGACUCCGAUUGGCAAAACUAGGAGUAACAUUGGUAAGAUCCACCUACGCCCUGGGCAUACAACGAUGAUGUUGAGUGUUAUUACAUUUUCAGGAAUCAUUGGUUAUGUCCCUUACCUGACAGCGGAGUUCCUGCACUUCUCAGGUCAAAAGUUUCAGGAAGACAUGAGUUCCACCGAGGUUAUUAUUUACAAAAUAUGUAACAAUUCUUACUUUCUCAGUAAUGCAAUGAACCCUAUAAUAUACAGUAUUCUCAGCCCACACUUUCGGAGGGAAAGCGUUGUAUGUUUGAAACGUAUUUUCCGUUGCAAAUGAAAAGAAAUAUACAGGUGUAUGACUAAGAUAAAUGUCUAUAGAAGAAGUAGGUAGGAUUGUGACUGCUUUACCUUUAUAUACAAGCAAUGUUAUUAUGAAACUGGUUCUUCAGCUUUAUGUGGAAAGAAUUAAAAAAACGAACCUUUUGCAAAAUAUUAUUUAUCAUAACCAAGACUUUUCCUAUCUAUGUGUGUUGAUGCCUGACACGAUGGUUGUUGGGAGAAAACAUAAAAAAACAAUUUAAGAAACCGUGAAAAUAUUAAUCUCCCAGUUUCACACACAAGGUCUCAUUUAACAUCAUAUUUCCCUUCAAGCAUUGAACUUUGGAAUGCAUAAAUACCCCUCUGAUCAGACAAACACAAAUCCACCUCGCAAUCAUACAGCUUAUAUUAAGUAAGUGGCGAGUGAGUUGGGUUUAACGCCGCUUUUUAACAGUAUUCCAGAUAUAUCACGGGGUGUCAGCUUUGUGUGGGAGGAAAGCCCCAAGUGAUGCAGGUCUCAGACGUUUACCACUUCGGUGAAACC